CACGCGAGCAUCGGACACACUAGAUUGGAUGUUUUGGCCGCUCCCUAUACUACAUGUGUAUAAAACUAACGUACUAGAUUCCGACCCGAUGGCAAAAAAACGAUCAAGCCUCAAGCCUCUCUUGGAUCGCAACUAUGAAAUCCAUCUCACUCGUCACUUUGGUCAUGUCUAUCACAGUGGUAGCUGGCGCAGCAACCGGUGCAUCUAAAAUCACCCCCAUCGGCAUAUUCUGCGACAGACCUCGUGAGUACUCUUGCAACCUAGCGUGUUCUGGACGUGUGAAUCUCAGACCGCAUGCUUACGGUUGCUCGCAGACAAAGUGGAGUGCGGACUUCUCUCCGGUUUUAACAACGGCCACGAUUACUUGUUUUAUUGUGGAUCAGACAACGAAAUUGCAAGUUUUGUGACAUGCGACUGUACUCGUUGCUGCCAGGUAACUGGUGAUCUGUCUGGCACUUGCUAAUGAGAGGCAAGAGUGAACAUGGUUCCUACUUACUGUGUCCAGUGCCUGGAAGCGUUAA